AUGGCGCUUGCAGACGUUGAUGAAUUUAACAAGGCAAUCCUUGGAGAUCAAGAAACCUGCUGCUUAGAAAGUGGGGUUUUCUGUCCAAGCAACAUGAUCAUCAACUCUAGUGCGUUUGAUGAAGAAGCUCAUUCCUUGAUAGACUUCAAAAGCGGGUACGCUAAUAAUAAUAAUAAUAGUAUCAUGCAUUCUUGUGAAUCUUUACUUAGCUUUGAGCAGAGUGAAGAGGCUGCUACUUUCUCCAAAACUCAUAAUCAUAAAGCAGCUGAGUACUCGAUGUGGGAGGGUAGUUUCAGUCAGAUUAGUCCAAAAUGCAGCAGUACCAUCGAUCCACGGCUGUUAGAGGAGCUCAGUUCUUUUCAGACAGCCAGCAAUUACAGCUCCAUUACCAAUUCCACAACAAAAGACACCCAACAAGGAGAUCAUCAUGGUACAUAUGGAUCAUGGUUGUACUCUGAAGCAACUGUGGUCGCUGAUCAUAGCAUCCACGACUCUGGAACACAUCAAACAUCCUUCCAUAAGCGUGCCCAUACGGGAGAGAGCAUGCCAGCUAUAAAGAAGCAAUUUACGAAUGCAAAUAAGAACCCCAAGCCAAAGGCAAUUUCGCCAAAGGACCCGCAAAGCAUUUCAGCGAAGAACCGGAGAGAGCGGAUUAGCGAGCGGCUUAAGACACUGCAGGAACUUGUACCUAAUGGCUCCAAGGUUGAUCUGGUUACCAUGUUAGACAAAGCCAUUAGUUAUGUCAAGUUUCUUCAACUGCAAGUAAAGGUGUUGGCAACAGAUGAAUUUUGGCCUGUUCAAGGUGGGAAAGCUCCUGAUAUUUCUCAAGUAAAGGAAGCAAUUGAUGCCAUUCUCUCCUCUCAGAGAGACAGGAGCUCGAGCUCAUGA